GCGCCUCUACAGGCUCUGAUGCAAGGGGCUGCAGCGCAGUGAUGAUGUCAUCAGGAGGCUCCUGCUGGGGAUGCACCUGGGAGCAAUGGACCAGGAGCAGAGGGCGACUGGGAGAGAAGAGGUUGCACAGCCGACACAUGAACACAGAACCAGCUAGAAACACAGGGAGAAGGAAGGAAGAGUAUGUGGAGACUCUGUUUGGAAAUGUCCACUGCGUCAUGACAGGGACGCCCAGGGCAGGCCGCCCCGUCAUCCUGACCUUUCACGAUGUCGGACUUAACUAUAAGACCUGUUUUGAGACUUUCUUCAACCAUGAGGACAUGCAGGAAAUCAUCAGACAUUUUCCUGUUUGUCACGUUGAUGCACCAGGACAACAUGAGGGGGCCAGAACUCUCCCUGCUACGUAUACCUACCCUACCGUGGACCAACUGUCUGAAACACUCCCCGCUGUCCUCAAACACUUUGGGCUGCGAAGUGUGAUUGGACUUGGAGUCGGAGCCGGGGCCUACAUCCUGGCUAAAUUCGCUCUAAAUCAUCCUGAUAUGGUGGAUGGACUACUUCUGAUCAACAUCAACCCCAACGCAGAAGGACUGAUAGAUAGUGUUGCAACCAAGAUCACUGAAUGGACCCAAACUCUCCCAGACGCAGUUAUCUCACACUUGUUUGGAAAGGAGGAGAUCCAGACCAACCAUGACCUCAUCGCAACGUACCGUCACCACAUCACGACAACAAUGAACCAGUCCAACGUGAUUCAGUUCUUCCGCUCCUACAACAGCCGCAACGCCCUGGACGUCGAGCGGCCUGUUCCUGGGGGACACAUCACUGUCAGGACACUCAAGUGCCCCUCUCUGCUGGUUGUAGGAGAUAAUUCUCCCGUUGUGGAGCCUGUUGUCGACUGCAACUCUAAACUCAACCCCACCAAGACCACACUGCUCAAGAUGUCAGAUUGUGGAGGACUUCCUCAUGUGGAUCAGCCAGCCAAAGUGAUUGAAGCCUUCAAAUAUUUCAUCCAGGGCAUGGGAUACUUGUCUUGUGCCAGUAUGACCAGACUCCGCUCUCGGACAACAUCCAGCUCCAGCAUCUCGUCCUUCGAUGGUUCCCGGAGCCGCUCACACACCAACGAUUUGCAGCGAGGCCGAACACACUCACAGGGCACGGAGGAGAAGCGCGGGCGCUCACACACUGACGUUUCCAUGGAGAGUGUUCCCAUUAAUAAUUUGAGCAACAGCAUCUCAAAGUCCACUGAAGUGUCUUGUUAGAGCACAUAGGGCACUAAAUCCAAUCCCAUGCACUUAAUUCAAAUUAUACCUCAUCAUAUCUUCCCAAAUAUAUCUUCUGGCUUCACUUUACCCUUUAUACCCAUCUUCAUUCAACGAUGCCCUUUUAUCUGCACUAUCUCUGGGUGAAAGGUCACAGGUCAUACCUCCAUGUGACUUUUCUCUAUCCCUCCUCUCUCUUCUUCACCUUAUGUUUUCCUCUCUUUCUCUGCUCAUAUCUUUGCAUUUGUCGACCUUUUACCACUUUUCCCUCCUUCUUUCCUCUUUGACCCUGACCUGCAAGCUUCAGCACUCUCUGAUGAAUACACAACAUAAACACGGAAAUAUAUUUAAAUGUCUUUAAAGAACGAA